AUGAUUCCAUUAUUUUUCAAAUCUUUUAUCAUUGUUUCGGUUUUUAGGGUGAGUUUUGGAGAGUUGAAGGAAAUAAUACAGUGUCGAAGGCUUUAAGAUUUUCAAUUUUUCAGUUAGUGAAUUUUCAAGUGAGCAUUAUUUUGUGAAGUUCUGCUGAAGUUUAAGAGGUUUCUUCAAAAAUUGAUAAAAUAAUUCAAUUUCAUUUUAGAAAAAAAGCUUUAAAAAUCCGAAAGGGAUUUCGAACGAUCCAUGUUUCAAAAUUUCAAAAACCAUUAUUUAUUUCAGUAAAAACUAUUUUCAGAAUUUUCACAUGCUUCAUGAACUUUCAGCAUGAAAGUUAUAGUUUACCUAACAAUUUUUCCACAUUCAAAAUGUCCCAUUAUUUACAAAAAAUCAUACUCUGGAACCAAAAUUCUUCUUCCUUCUCAAAAAACACCAUAACUUUAACGACCCAUGAAAAAAUUCCAGAAGAAAUUCAAAUUCCAAAAAUGUUCCCAAAGAACUCUAUUUCAAAUCAUUGUAACUUUCGAAAAAAAAACGAACCAACAAAAAACGUCCUUCCACUCAUCCUUCUCAAUUUUAUGGGGUUGUUGCCCUAAAUAACUCUCCCUUCUCCCCAAAAAAUCCCAAAAAUACAUAGAACAAAAGCUGAAAGAAACAAAAAAAUUUGAAAAUUUUCAGAACUUGUACACUUCUCAAGCAGAUCUCAUUAACAAUGGUUUAACAGGUUUGAAAGAAAUGAAGAAGAAACCACAGUGAAAAUAAAGUUUUUUAGGCGAGCCGAUAGUCCAAUGCGGUAGUGAGAGUCUUUCAAUACAGUUCAAAACACAAAGUGCUUUUGAGGGUCAUACUUAUGUUAAGGGACAUUACAGGUUGGUUGGUCACACAUCAAGAGCUAAUUUUGGAUGAAUUAGGGUUAGAAUUAGCAAUUUUUGUUGCGGAAAUUUGGAAACUGGACUUUUUCUAGAUAAUGAAAGAGUUUCUGAAAGAAUUUUCUUUUUGAACUUCAAGAUUUUAGAAUAAAUACAUACUUUCCAGCACAAAACAAUGCCGAAACGAUGCUACACUCGAACCCUCUGUCAAUCUCACAAUACCAUACUCAACAUGCGAUGUUCUGCGGCAACGAUCGGUAAUUUUUCCCACUCGAAUGCAAUACUCCUAAUUCUACUUUUUCUUCAGACAAAUCCUCGAGGAAUCAUGAUAACCACCACAGUUAUAAUUUCAUUUCACCCAAUGUUCAUCACAAAAAUCGACAAAUCUUACAAAGUUCAAUGCUUCUACGCAGAAGCUGCUAAAACAGUCACUCAACAAUUCAAUGUGGAGUAAGUUGUUUUACAGGGAAUCAUCACUGAUUCACUUGAUUUUUAGCAUUGGAAAAGAUCAAGAGAAGAAAAUUUUUGUGAUGGUUGGUGAUGAGGAAAGUGGAUCUUCAAAUAAUACCCAGCAAGAUCAGCGAGUUGUUCAUGAGUAAGAAUUUUUUUUACAUAGAAUGUCUCUAAUGUUAUUGGAGUUUUCAGCCCAGAAGAGGAGAGAUUCAAUUACAAUGUACCACUUCCAGAGUGUAAUUAUCGAGUGAGAUUUUUUUGUCGAUUCAACAAAAAACUUUAAAAAUUCCAGGUUCUGGCAAAUAACAAAGAUGGGGAGCCUGUCAAAUUUGCGACUGUCGGACAAUUAGUUUAUCAUGAAUGGUCAUGUGAGCCGAUCGAUAAGAAAGGUUUCAAAAAAUUUUGUGAUCUAGAAAAAAAAAAUUUUUUCACAGAAUCCUCACCAUUUUGCGCAACAGUCCACUCUUGUAGUGUGAAAGAUGAGACUGGAAAAGAGGUUCAACUUUUCGAUGAAAAUGGAUGUGCUGUUGAUAAAUAUUUGAUUAAUAAUUUGGAGUAUACUAAUGACUUGACUGGAGGACAAUUAUCACAGGUUUUUUUUUUGGAAAUUCCAAUUUAGAAUUAAAAAAUUGUGUAUUUAGGUUUUCAAAUUUGCUGAUCAACCAUCUGUGUUUUUCCAAUGCCAGAUUCGAUUGAGCUUGAAGGAUGAAGAUGGUGUUUGUAGGGUUAGUUUGAAAUAUUUUUCUAGAAUUUCCAAAAAGACUAAUUUUUCAGAGAUCAUCCGACCAUUGUCCAGCAACACUUCGUGGAAAACGUUCAGCUGAACCAAAUGAAAAUGAUGUGGAUGUUGUCUCGCAGAAAAUGACAGUGUUCGAUAUCGAUGAAUCUUUAGGUAAGACAUCUCGAAAACUAAAAAUCCCUCGUCUCCAUCAAUAAAAAUAAUAACUUCCUCCUCUUUUUUUCAGAUGCAAACAAGAACAACAACAACAAACUCGGGUCAGAAUUGGAGCAACAAUUGCAAUUGUCAAAAAUGACUUCUGACGUGUGUGUAUCGCCAUCAACAGCAUCCGGCUUGGUCGCAUUUUUAGCAUCAACCCUUCUCAUUUCACUCAUUUCCGUAUUACUUCUCUGUUUUAGACAUCAAACUGUCAAAGUUAAACUUGCCAGCUAA